AUGUCCGACGCACCGCAUGUCGAGCUCAGCAACACAGAUCUGUCUGAUCUCGCUGAUUUGUCUGCCCCUGUCGACCAGCGCUCGCAAGCUCUGCCAGUAAACGGAAGCGCGAAUCAGGCUUCGACACAGCAGACUGCAGCUGACGCAAAGAACAGCAUCCUGCAGACAGCACAGAACACGAUGGCUUCCAUCCAGAACCACCCCUCGGUGCAGAAUGCAAAGGACACGGUCCUCAACGGACCCGUUGGCCAGCAGGCACGAGCAGAGGGCGCAAAGACGCGCGAUGAGUUUGCCGACCUCGCAAACUCCCGCCAGAUCCCUGACCAGAAGGCCGCCACCGGUCAGAACCUCACCCACUACCACAGCAUGUUCUACCGCCUCCUGAGCUGGAAGAACCCCCGCGCGACCGGCAUCUCUUUCGCCGCCGCCAUCGUCUUCAUCUUCGCCGCCCGUUACCUAAACGUUAUCCGUUACAUCUUCAAGCUCACCUGGGUUGUGCUUGGUACCACCGCUGCCGCAGAGGUUGCUGGUCAGCUCGCUCUUGGAAAGGGUCUUACCUCUCAGUUCAGGCCGCGACAGUACUUCACCAUUCCCAAGGCUUCGCUGGAGCGUCUGCUCGACGACGUUGAGCAGCUCAUCAACUUCUUUGUGAUUGAGUCUCAGCGCAUUGUCUUCGCCGAGAAUGUCUACGUCACCAUCGCUGCCUUCUUCGCUUCCCUCAUCUCCUACUUCCUCAUCAAGUUCGUUCCUAUGUGGGGCCUUGCUCUCAUUGCUACCCUCGUUACCUACCUCGGCCCGCUCGUAUACCUCCAGAACAAGGAAGUGAUUGAUGCCCAGCUGGAGAAGGGAAAGAACCUCGCCAGCCAGCAGGCCACCCAGAUCAAGGGUCUUGCCAGCCAACACGCUGCCAACGCUUCUCAGACUGUCCAAGGUCUUACUCAACAGUACACUACCAAGGCUCAGGAGACCAUCAACCAGUACCGUGGUCGCUCCCCCUCCGCUGAGGUCAAGAAGGAAGACUUCCCUGCCGCGCCCAAGAACGACCUCAAGACCGAGGCCAGCAGCGAAAUCCCCACAAAGCACGAGCAGGAGCCUCCUCUCGUUCCCCAGACCGCUUUGUAA